AUGGCUGUCGAGAUGAUAACCUACGGACGAGGAGUAGGAGGAGCCUCUUCUCGCUCCCGUCGUCCGUGGAAGUAUGAUGUGUUCUUGAAUUUUUGCGGUCAGGACAAUCGCAAGGAUUUCACUGAUUUUCUAUUUAAUGAGUUGGUCCGGGAUGGGAUUCAUACCUUUAGAGACAACGAAGAGCUGAACAAAGGAGCAGUUCUAUCUUCCCAACUCAUGGAAGCUAUCGAAGGUUCUAGGAUUGCCAUCAUCGUCUUCUCCCAGAAUUAUGCUUUUUCCACCUGGUGCCUUACUGAGCUGGUCAAGAUCCUCGAUUGCAAUAAAAAUGGCCGAAUGGAAAAGGUUUUUCCUGUUUUCUUCAAGGUGGAUCCCUCGAAUGUCAGGAAACAGAGUGGAAUAUAUGAAGAGGCAUUUAAAGAACACGAAGAGCGUUUCAAGGAUCAUGAGAUGGGGAAGGUGAAGACGUGGAGGACUGCUCUCACAGAAGCUGCAGAAAUGGCAGGGUGGGAUCAAAGAAAUGUUGCAGAUGGGUAA